AUGUCUGCGACACAAUUAGCAUAUUCCCUCCGACUUUAUGAGGAAAACUGCAAGGAUUUGUGCACAACUGCUGUGGACUUGAUUCAAAGGGCAAGUGAUGUUGAGUCCUCGACCUUGGAGACAUAUCGUCUUAGGCUAGAGUCUCAAAUAAAGAAGUAUGAAGAACUCAACUUUAAGUACUUAGUUCAACUUGGAGAAGAAGGGUUCUCUGAGCAAGACCCUGAUAGAACACAGCUCACUACAAAGCGGCGUCAUGCCAACCAAGUCAUCACAGAGAGCACUGAAGUUUUGGAGAAACUAAAAAUCAUUUGCAUGGAAGCCAAACCCCAGAGGAGUAUUUCAACAGAGUUUAGGCCAUGGCAUAAGGUUAAGUUGCCGUCUUUAUCACUCCCGGAAUUUGAAGGGACAGAUGAAGAAUGGCCCCCUUUUUGGGAUGUUUUCGAGUCUAACGUUCACUCUCGUCCAGACUUGAGAGCUGUUGACAAAUUUAAUUACCUGAAGGGAUGUUUGAAGGGUGAAGCUCUAACUCUGAUUAGAAAUAUUCUUGUCACGAAUGAAAACUAUUUAGACUCCAUUGACCUGUUGAAGAAAACUUAUGCUAAUCCAGAGAAAAUAAUCUCAUCUCUAAUUUGUCAACUAGCAGGCCUGCCUAAACCUUCUGCAGACCUGGAUUCACUACGUGGCUUCUGGACUAAACUUGAACAAUAUGUUAGAGGCAUAGAAAGAAACAGACCUAAUUCGGAUCACUGUACCUGGACGCUUGGACCUCUAGUUUUUCAAAAACUACCUGGCAAGGUGAAAGAACAAAUCCAAAACAAGUGUGGACAGGACUACCCCUCACUCCUAGAUAUUAGAGAGGGGCUAGGAAAGAUAAUCCUGACCUUGUCUUCCUUGGAUUUUGAACCCAGGGAUAAGAACAAGGAUUACUCCCAAAGAAAACCCAAGCCUAACCAAAGUUCCAAUAGACCAGUAAUCAGACCAAACUCAGCAUUGUGCCCUGACUCCUCAACUGAGGUCUCUGCUGUGAACUAUUGUGGAGACAAUGACAGUGACAAAGACUUAAAGUCACAAACAAGUGGAAUUCUCCCUACCGCCUUAAUGAAAGUGGUGUGUCCGCCCUCAGGCAACACCAAGGAACUUAGAUCACUGUUUGAUUCUGGGGCGCAACGUACCUUCAUCACACAAGAGGCAGUGGAAGAGUGUAAACUUGUACGAGACAAUCCUGUCCAACUGAGCAUCAGUGGGUUCUGGGAUACCAAAGAACCUAGAGAAUAUAGUACGGUCACUGUACCUGUCAGGGUAAACGAUGACAGCCUUGUAACUUUAAAGGCUAUUGUCGUACCUAAACUACCUCAGAGCGCUAGGCCUCGUGGACUCUGUAAGAUAGUGUCUGAACUGAAGAGCCAGAAUGUCACCCUAGCUGAUCCUAACUUGUCAAGUAGUCAGAUGGACCAGGUGAAACUGCUUGUUGGCAUAGAUCACUACUUUGACUUUAUCCAUUCUCCACAAGCAAACGGAGUGAACCUGAUUAAGUCCUCCUUAGGAUAUCUGGUCGCUGGUAAACUGCCUAGUAAUGACACCCCUAUCAGUGCUCAUUCUGUAACUGUAAUGAGACUAGCAGUUGAUGAACCUUCCAAAGCUGCUCUAGAGAUACCACUUGAGAUGUCUGAUAGCAAAUUUGCUGAAGACCCCAUCCAACAGCUUUGGACCCUAGAAUCAGUCGGAAUCGUUGAUCAAGAUAUGUCACCUGAGGAUAAAUUUGUGCUGGAAGAAUUCAAGAAUUCCAUCAAUAUGGUUGAAGGACGAUAUGAGGUAUCUCUCCCCUGGAAAGUCGAUAAGAAACAACUCCCUACCAACUUAGCACUCUCGAGGAAAAGACUGAACAGUACUAUUCACAAGCUGAAACAAACUAAUAAGUAUCUGGAAAUUUAUGACCAGAUCAUCAAAGAACAACUGUCUCUCGGCUUCAUUGAAACAGUGCCAGAAGAAGACCAAAACCGGACAAAUGUCCAUUAUUUACCCCAUUUACCUGUGAUUAAGGAUUCAACUACAACGCCCAUUCGUAUUGUAUUUGAUGCAAGUGCCCGGAUGGACAAGCAGGCCCCUAGCCUGAAUGAUUGCUUAUACUCUGGCCCAUCCUUGACUAGUCAUUUAACCGACUUGUUGUUGAAAUUCCGUCUCGACCCAUUUGCGGUAUCGCAGACAUCAGCAAAGCCUUCUUACGGGUAG